AAAAUUCGACUAAAAUUUUGACCAAAACAUAAGUGUGCGACCCAGGUCUCGCACACCUUGGUAAAAUUUUGGUAGAAUUUUUGGGUCUAACAUUAUUGUUCUUUCUCACAUCAUUCUGAAUGUUAUUUAUAAUUACGUUUUGAUUGAUUGUUUUGUUAUUUGAUGGGAAUACAAUCAGUUUUUUUAUUUUAAUUGUUUUUUCACGAUGUAAUGGUUUGGCUGUGUGGUGGUGUGGUGUCUCAGAGACAAGGAAUAUCACGAGGAGGGAGAAAUAAAAGAGGUCCAAUCCAAUCGAAGAUUGAAAAACAAGGCAGUGAUGGAGGAAAACACCUUGAUUAAUAGUAGUUCUUCUCUUGUUUCUGGUAGCGAAGGUGAGAGCAAUACAUUUGAAAGUGAGAACUGGAGGGGUGAUUUUUGCAACUCAGAGAACAUUGACUCGGAUUCGACUGAAUUUGAAAUUGCGGGACUUCAUUACGGUCCUUAUAGCGACGAUGACGGCUUUCGGUAUGAAACCAAGGAGAUCAAUUUUGUUUGGGAUGGAUGGGAAGCUGCUCUAAUUGUGUCUAAACGAAUGCUGGCAGAUUAUUAUGUUAAAAGCAGUUCAGAAAAAGAAGACAGCAGAAAGGUGUUGACACUUGAACCAUAUGAGACCCAUUUUGGAAAAAGCAAUGUUAGGCAAACAUUGGAGCUUGAAGGGAGUGGCCUAGCCACCAGAAAGGUUUCUUGGUUGUUUUAUCCUUAUUUGGGAAAGGUUCUUCGUCCAUGGGUUUUUCCUAUUUUUGGUCCCGAGUGGAAUGAUAUUAGCCCAAACGAAGUAGCAAUUGCAUUAGAGAUGCUUAGGAAUUAUGAGCCUCUGAAGUUGCUGUACUUCCAGGAAGCUGUAAUUUUUCCUUUAUCAGAUGGUCGCUUUGGACCUUUUACAGAUGAGUUCAUUGAAGUGAUUAAAAUUGCUGACCAUGAGAGAAGAAUGCAAGGUGAUCGUUUCAUCAGUGUAAAGCAUCUUUUGUUUGGCCUUUCACUUUCAAGUGUUCAUAGAUGUGUUGAGAUGAUGCUCCAUGGUAGAAUGCUAGAUUAUGUAGGUCAAUUAGCUUCGAAGCUCUCAUCGUUUAGCAUUUACAAGUUAUCGCGUGAUGCAGCUACCAUUCUUGGUGAUAAGAAUGUUGAACUUGAGCACUUGGUUCUGGCAAUUUUCUAUGGAAAGCAAAAAAAUGAUCGUACAGGGAUGGCUGCACAGGAUGAUUGCAGUUCUUUGUUCUUCGAUGAGAAGAAAUGGGAUGAUUACCUCUUGAAAUAUUUAAGAUACAGGGAUGAGUGUGAUUUUGCAAGCUUCAAUGACAGUGAUUCUUUCAGAUCAUUGCUACCUGAAGAUUGUUUGUCUUUUGGUACACCGGCAUUAUGUGGCUUUUCUAUCAUGGAUGAGCUGCACAAGGCUUUGCAGUCUGGCUUCAAGUUGAACGCUAUUCGGGGGUAGAAUUAUUACCUUCCCUUCUGUGGGCUGGUCUGGCUUCCACCGUAUAUGCUGUUUGAUACAUUAUGAAUGCCCCUGUGACCAUGGCUGGAAGGUUAUUAUUACUUUCAAAGUAGGAAUAUAUAUCGCAACUCAAGCCCGUGUUUGAUUUAUUUAUUUGUUUAUCUUUUUGGCUAAAAAUUAACUUAGGCCUUGUUUGGGAAGAUGUUAUUUUAGUAAGUUUUUGACUUUUUACGAAAAAAUGUGCAGAAAAAUAGAGAGUGAUGUGACAAUUUAUAGUAACUUUUUAUUUUUUUGGCUAAAAUGUAUAGUUGACAAACUAGGCCUUAAUGUACAUUUCAUGUCAAAAGCAAUA